CCUCUCCGUCUCAUUAUUCCCUCUUAUUCUUGCUAAUAGAUAGAUAGAUAGAGAGAUAGAGAUAUCCAGAUACUCCUGCUUGCAUUGGCCUUCAUCUCCUCUCAUAAAUGUAGUCAACUCUUCGCUCCUCUCCUGUUCCCUGCCUGCUGCUUUAUUUGACGUUUUCCAAUCAAUCAUCCCUAUUAUAAUUGGGCCAGUUAGUUGAAUCAAUCGUCUUGGUCGUCGAUCGCGAUCAAUUGGGCCAAUUCAACAUUCGACUCCUCCGGUGGUCUUAAUUGCUGCAUUCCCCAGCUAGCACAGACUAGACUAGAGAGAUGAUGAGCAGCGGCAACGGCGGCGGCCGAGAUGAUGGCGGCGGCGAGGACGACGACGUCCUGGACCACGAGUACCAAGAGGAGUAUGUGAGGAACUCGCGGGGGAUGAGCCUGUUCGCAUGCAGAUGGCUGCCUGGGAAGAGGUGGAGGAACAAGGAUCCCCAUCGUCCUCCCAAGGCGCUCGUCUUCCUCUGCCAUGGUUAUGCGGUGGAGUGCGGCGUUACGAUGCGCGGCACCGGCGAGCGCCUUGCCCGUGCCGGCUACGCCGUCUACGGCCUCGACUACGAGGGCCACGGCCGCUCCGACGGCCUGCAGGGCUACGUGCCAGACUUCCAGGCCCUCGUCCAGGACUGCGACGACUACUUCGCCUCCGUCGUCCGCUCCCACGCCGACGUCAGACACAAGAGCAGGCGGUUCCUCGUGGGCGAGUCCAUGGGCGGCGCCGUGGCUCUCCUCCUCCACCGCGCUCGCCCCGACUUCUGGACCGGCGCCGUUUUGGUAGCGCCCAUGUGCAAGAUCGCCGACGACAUGCGGCCUCACCCGGUGGUGGUGAACAUCCUCAGGGCCAUGACCUCCAUCAUUCCCACAUGGAAGGUCGUGCCCACCGCCGACGUCAUCGACGCCGCCUACAGGAUGCAGGAGAAGAGGGACGAGAUCCGGGGCAACCCCUACUGCUACAAGGACAAGCCGCGGCUCAAGACGGCAUUCGAGCUGCUCAAGGUCAGCUUGGACGUCGAGGAAAACCUCCUACACAAGGUGUCCCUGCCGUUCCUGAUCGUACACGGCGGUGCGGACAAGGUGACGGACCCUUCCGUGAGCGAGCUGCUAUACCAGUCGGCGGCGAGCCAGGACAAGACGCUCAAGCUCUACCCAGGCAUGUGGCACGCCCUCACCUCCGGUGAGUCGCCCAACAACAUCCGGACGGUUUUCCAAGAUAUCAUCGCGUGGCUGGACCACAGAUCGUCGAUGGAGGAGCCGCCAGAGGUGGAGCAGAAGGCCAGGCAUGACGACCAACGGCAUCACCAGCGGCACCAUGCAGGCAACAGCAAAUAGGAUCCAAUGGAGCAAUAGUUCAAUUGUGAUACAGAAGAGAACCAUUAUUUUGUGGAUUACAUGUAGUGUAUCAUUGUCAGUAUGAGGCAAGCAUGCAUGGAGAGUUAAAACAGAGGAGGCUAGCUUGUUGGGUUGUUGGCAAAAAGGGUAUAUAGAAGCAGCAGUACAUUACUGGGUUGUUGGCCCAACCGCCCA